AUGAAGUGGACUCUCUGUGUGAGCUUCACCCUUGGCCUAGUGGUGCAGACAGCCCUGGGUGCCUUGAAUGCCAAAAAACCUCUAGUGGUCACCAAAUAUGGGAUUCUCCAAGGAAAACAGAUGCACGUGGGAAAGACACCCAUCCAUGUAUUCCUUGGAGUCCCCUUCUCCAAACCUCCUCUGGGUGCCCGCAGGUUUGCUCCCCCAGAACCCUUGGAGCCCUGGAGCGGAAUCAGAGAUGCCAUCACCUACCCACCUGCGUGUCUUCAGGAGUCCUGGGGGCAAAUAACCUCCAUGUACUUUAACACGCGGAAACAUUACAACUGGCUGCGCUUCAGUGAGGACUGUCUAUAUGUGAAUGUGUACGCGCCGGCACGCGCACAAGGGGACCCUCCGAUGCCGGUGAUGGUAUGGUUCCCGGGAGGCGCCUUCCUCGUGGGUUCCGCUUCUACGUACAAGGGCUCCGAGUUGGCCGCCCGCGAGAAAGUGGUGGUGGUGUUCCUGCAGCACAGGCUCGGCAUCCUGGGCUUCCUGAGCACGGGCGACAACCAGGCCCGCGGGAACUGGGCGCUGCUGGACCAGGUAGCGGCUCUGCGCUGGGUGCAGGAGAACAUAUUGGCCUUCGGUGGAGACCCCAGUUCUGUGACCCUUUUCGGCCAGUCGUCCGGGGCCAUGUGCGUCUCAGGAUUGAUAAUGUCACCCCUUGCCAGAGGUCUCUUCCAUAGGGCCAUUUCCCAGAGUGGGACUGCAAUACUCAAAUUCUUCAUCACUCCUGACCCACUGAAAGUGGCCAAGAAGGUUGCCCGCCUGGCUGGCUGCAAUCAUAAUAACACACAGAUUCUGGUAGAGUGCCUGAGGGCGCUCUCAGGGGCCAAGGUGAUGCAUGUGUCCAAAAAGAUGAGAUUCUUCCACCUGCACCAGAACUCCCAGGAAGACCCUCAAGAUAUUACAUGGUUCAUGACCCCUGUGGUGGAUGGUGUCGUGUUCCCAGAUGACCCUGUUGUGCUCCUGACCAGGGGAGAAGUUUCACCUGUACCCUACCUUCUGGGUGUCAACAACCUGGAGUUCAAUUGGCUCUUGCCUUAUAUCAUGAAGUUCCCGCUAAACCAGCACAAAGUGAAAAAAGAAGCCAUGGCCAAGAUACUCUGGAGUGUCAUCACCCUGUUGAAUAUCACCAAGGAGCAGGUACCACUUGUGAUGGAGGAGUACCUGGGUGACAUCAAUGAGCAUGACUGGAAGAUGUUCCAAAACCACUUUAUGGACAUAGCUGAAGAUGCCUCCUUUGUGUACUCCACACUGCAGACUGCCCACUACCACCGGGAUGCUGGCCUCCCUGUCUACCUGUAUGAGUUUGAGCACCACACUCCUAGUGGCAUAAUUGCCAAACCCCGCAUUGAUGGGGCAGACCAUGGAGAUGAGAUUCACUUCAUCUUCGGGAGCCCCUUCUCCAAAGGCCCUUCCGCAGGUGAAGAGCAGGCGCUUAGCCUCCAGAUGAUGAAAUAUUGGGCCAACUUUGCCCGAACAGGGAAUCCCAAUGGUGGGAAGCUGCCCUGCUGGCCACGCUAUGACAAGGACGAAAAAUACCUGCAGCUGGAUUUUACCACAAGAGUGGGUGUGAAGCUCAAGGAGAAGAAGAUGGCUUUUUGGACAAAGCUGCAUCAGCCUCAAAAACCUGAGGAGCAGAGGCAAUUCUGAGGAUGGCUAUGCAAGGUUUAUCCUCCAGGCCUUGGGGAGACAGACCAUGGACACAUUUGAGACAGGAGUCCUGCCCGCUCCAAUCUAGGACCUUUAGGUGUUCCCUAGUAUCUCCCUACCAGAGCUGGAAACUUAUCAGCCUGUUUGGAGCUCUGGCCUCCUCUGCAGCCUGACUUCACAUGAUGCCCCAGUUCAUUAUCUACAUUAGAUUAGGCCAGACCCUUUCCCCACCACACAAUGCCCAGGACAAUGCCUCCUCUCCCUUCUCCAAGUCC